GAAAAAUUCGUCACGAACCUCUGCCCUCUGCGCUUUAUGAUCUGACCGGGCAUUGAUAACAAGCCGAUGACAUUGGAUGUAUUUAUUGGACGGAACACAGUGAAACCUCACGGCCGAUCGGUGCGCAAGAAAAUUAAGAAUAUGACGACAAGUACACGACAACGACGACGACAACGACGUCGGCGGCGACGGCGCGCUGAAGUCGGGGGUCGCGGCCUUGGAUGAAGUCACGCGAGUGCAAGGUUGCUAUCGUGAGGGGUGUACGCGGCCGGGCGCGUGCAUGCAUAGGCGUCGUUCUUUCUCUUCGUAGCCGAGCUUUAAAGAUUUUAUUGAUCGCAAUGUGCAACGACCACGAGCUGCCUGUUUCCCUCAAGAUGCGAUUUAGGACAAUGACGCGACGUUGAGCGCAACGCUGCGGAAGCGGAUAACGCGCCGUGGAGAGCGAGAAGGACAAUAGCGUCCGCUUUGCUUAUCGCGCAGCUCCGAUCCAUCUAGAACUUCCGGCACGAUUAAAUAGAUCCCUCAAUUGAUUGAUAGAUCUUCGAAUGAGACAAGAGGGUACGAAGGAUUUGAAGCGCAAGCCUCGUGCGCUGAGAAUCUUGUCGUUAUUCUCGCAGCGCGCAUUCUCGUUUGCGGUUUUAUGUUCCCUUUCCUCCAAUCUGACUUUCUAUUUUCUUGAUAUACUUUUCUUCUUAUGAUGUUUCUGGUAAAACCCUGGGAAUUGUCCGAGCUACAUACAUGGCAGUCUGUAUCGAGUUUUUCUCGCGAAGGUAUUUCACGCGGGAGGAAACCCAUCUCCCGGGCCAAUCUCGUGUACAUUCGGUCAGUUUCCUUUUAUAUCUGCUGAAGAGAGGCCAAAAGUAGGAUAGCUCCGGGCGUGCGUGCGUUGUUUGCACGUGGCAGCGCGGAAUGAAAUACAUCGUCUUGCCGAUGGUACGAGCACCCUUCGUGUCGAGCAGGCGCGCUAUCGUGGGGGUGCUUUUCCGCGAGCGAGUUCAUCACCUAUCCCGUCGGUAAUCCAACCUCGACGGCGAGCGCACCGCACUUUUAUAGCGUCUCUAUAGAACCAUUCCGUGGCACGCGUGAGCGAGGGAGAAAGAGGAAGAGAGGGUAGUGGGCAAAGGAGGGAGAGGAAGAUUCGUGUGCGACGACCAAGGGGUUGAAAGGGCAAAAAUGGAAACGCGUGGAGGGACGAAGAGAGGCUUAUUGCGCCCCACGAUACGAUCCUCCAAAAACGGAAGACGGAAUAUCCCGCGAGUAAGAUUCGCGAACCCCCCCUUCCUGAUCUUGAUCAAACUUGGAGGGUGUGCGCAGCAAAUAAAGGUAAUAUCGAUGUGGUUUGCUGGACGUGGUUUUGUCUUAAUAUUUCUGUACUGACACAAUCUGAACUCACGUUAACUUGGAACACGAAACUUUGUUCGAACAUGUUAGCAAUCUCAAGGCUUUUAAUAUCUUAGACAUUAAAUAAUCGGUAUCUUUUAAGAGUUUAUAUAUCAGCACAUAUGAAUGCGCGAUCGACUUUUCGCUGAAAGAAGCAGAAAGGGGCUCUAAGUUGGUCGAGAAACAGCUCAUUAAUGAUUAAUGCAUACAUCAGCUGGGGAUAGUAAUCGUUACACGUUGCGACGAAUUAGUAUCGCACGAAAAAUCUAUCAAGAAAUCUUCUAAAAAUCCCACCCCUAUUAUGAACUACUCUCUCGCUCCUCUCGCUCCUCUCUCUCGCAAUAAUUUCAUUUGAAUAGGAUAAAAUUAUUCCAAUAUAAAUUGCAUUUGAACAUACGAUAUAAAAAAAGAGGCCAACAGAGGCUAUACAUCAUACAUCAUGCGUCAUACGUAGAACGCAAUGCGUCCUGUAGCGAGACGAUGGUUCUUCGACGAGCAUCGUUCUGUCAAGGUCCCAAAAAAAGUAGCACAGAAAAAUAUCAAACAAAAAAAGAUUUUUAUUGUUCUAAAACAACGUAGCGGAGAGAGGAAGCGAGAGAAAGAGAGGGUCAGAGGAUGAGAGUCGUUGCGGGGGUGGAAGGGCGCGCGAGGAGCCGGCGACGAGGUGCGGACGGCGCAUGCCUCUCGCUCGUGCGAACGCGAGCAACCCCUGACAUGAGCAACCCCCGAGUGUGUUGUUCUUCUCUCUAUGUGAUCGUUGCCGCUCGAUUCUGCGCCGUUGUGUGUUCGCGCAGGGCGGCUCCUACACCGCCGCCUUCGUCCGACGCUCUCUUCCUGGCUUUACCACCGUGCACCCUUCCGGGUGACGUGCAAAUGGUGGCGUAACGCGCGUGGUCGGCGGAAAGAGGUGAAAUCAGCCUCGCGUUUCAUGCGUGCUUGCGUGCGUGCGUGCGUAGGUACGUGCGUGCGGCCGUAGCCGCUGCCGGACAGCAGUCGACGAGAGGCCGCGCUUCCUGACGUUUUGCCGUCAGUCACGAUGGUCACCGACAACAUCACCCAGGCUGAUGACACGACAGCAUUUCUCCGCGCUGCUCGGUCCGGCAACCUCGAGAAGGUGGUCGAAUUUCUCGACACCGACUUAGAUAUUAACACGGCCAACUCGAACGGUUUAAAUGCUUUGCAUUUAGCCUCGAAGGAUGGCCAUAUCGAAAUAGUAACCGAGCUCUUGAAAAGAGGCGCGAAGGUGGACGCGGCGACGAAGAAAGGAAACACCGCGUUACACAUAGCUUCAUUAGCCGGCCAAUGCGAAAUAGUCGGUAUCCUAAUUCAAUAUGGUGCCGCGGUUAACAUCCAGUCGCAAAAUGGAUUCACUCCUUUGUACAUGGCUGCGCAGGAAAACCAUGAUGAAGUCGUCAAGUUCCUGCUCAGCAAUGGAGCCAAUCAGAGCCUCGCGACGGAGGAUGGAUUUACACCACUCGCGGUAGCGAUGCAGCAAGGCCACGACAAGGUGGUUAGCGUCUUGUUGGAAAACGAUUCGAAGGGCAAGGUCAGGCUCCCGGCUCUUCACAUCGCCGCUAAGAAAGACGAUUGCAAGGCCGCUGACCUGCUUCUGCAGAACGAUCAUAAGCCCGACGUAACAUCGAAGAGCGGCUUCACACCUCUCCAUAUCGCCGCCCAUUAUGGAAACGAGGAGGUAGGGCGGUUAUUAAUAAAACGAGGAGCCGAUAUAAAUUAUUUAGCUAAGCACAAUAUCAGUCCGUUGCACGUAGCAGCAAAAUGGGGCAAGAACAAUAUGGUCAAGGUACUUUUGGAAAAUUCGGCGCAGAUCGACGGCAAGACCAGAGACGGGUUAACACCGCUCCAUUGCGCGGCGCGAUCAGGACACGAGCAGGUAGUCAGCACGCUCCUUGAGAAUUCGGCGCCGAUCAGCGCGCGUACAAAGAAUGGACUCGCGCCAUUGCACAUGGCCUCUCAGGGAGAUCACGUGGACGCCGCGAGGGUGUUGCUGUACCAUCGAGCCCCGGUGGACGAGGUGACCAUCGACUACCUGACCUCACUGCAUGUAGCGGCGCACUGCGGCCACGUGAGGGUGGCCAAGUUGCUGCUCGAUCGAAAAGCCGACCCGAACGCACGAGCGCUGAACGGCUUCACGCCGCUCCACAUCGCGUGUAAGAAGAAUCGCAUCAAGGUUGUGGAAUUGCUGCUGAAACACGGCGCGUCCAUCGAGUCUACCACCGAGUCCGGACUGACUUCGUUACACGUGGCCAGUUUUAUGGGAUGCAUGAAUAUCGUGAUAUUCCUACUGCAGCAUGAAGCGAAUCCUGACGUGCCGACCGUCAGGGGCGAAACACCCCUGCAUCUGGCGGCUAGGGCUAAUCAAACAGACAUUAUUCGAAUUUUGCUAAGAAACGGUGCCAAAGUCGAUGCUCGUACAAGGGAACAGCAAACGCCACUUCACAUCGCCUCGCGUUUGGGCAACAUCGAUAUCGUCAUGUUGCUGCUGCAGCACGGUGCGGCCGUUGACACCGCCACGAAAGACAUGUACACGGCGCUCCACAUCGCGGCGAAGGAAGGUCAAGAGGAGGUAGCGGCCAUUCUCGUGGAGAACAAUGCUUCUCUCAAGGCUGCGACGAAAAACGGCUUCACACCUCUACAUAUCGCGGCCAAAUACGGCAAUAUGAAUGUCGCAAAUAUACUUUUGCAGAAAGAGAGCAAGCUCGACGUCCAAGGAAAGAACGAUAUCUCACCCUUGCACCUGGCGUGUCACUACGAUCACCCUAAUGUAGCGAAUCUUUUAUUAGAGAAGGGUGCGUCUCCCCAUCUCGCGUCGCAGAAUGGCCACACGCCGCUUCAUAUCGCAGCUCGUAAAAAUCAGAUGGACAUAGCUUCGACUCUCUUGGAGAACGGAGCGAACGCAAAUGCAGAAUCCAAGGCGGGUUUCACCCCGCUGCAUUUAAGCUCGCAGAAGGGCCAUUAUGAUAUGACGAACUUGCUAAUCGAGCACGGUGCCAAUCCCAAUCACAAGGCGAAGAACGGGCUCACGGCGUUGCAUUUGUGCGCGCAAGAGGAUUUCAUUAGGGUGGCCUCUAUUCUGGUAAAGAACGGGGCUGACGUGGAGAGUCAAACCGAGACCGGCUAUAGGCCGAUACACGUGGCUGCGUACUUCGGAAAUUUGUCGAUGAUACGCUUCCUGCUGAAGCACAACGCCGAGAUCGACGUCAGAACUAAUCAGAACUACACCCCGCUUCAUCAGGCCGCUCAACAAGGCCACGCUCAUAUCGUUACCGCUUUGUUGGAAGGAAAUGCUUCGCAUAAAGCGCGCACUAACGAUGGUUUGACAGCGCUGAACAUAGCUCAAAAAUUAGGCUAUAUUUCUGUGAUGGAAGUGCUGAAAGGAUUACCUUACGACAGUAUGACACCGGAUAACAAAAACUGGGAAGAAAAGUACAAAGUUAUAGCUCCAGAGAGUUUGCAAGAGACUAGUUUCAUGUCCGACUCGGAUGAUGAGGGAGGUUCUGACGCGUUGAUUAGCGAACAGCCUUAUCGGUAUCUCACGGCGGAUUUGAUGAAAAGUUUGAGGGACGAUUCGUUGCCCAUCGACGUUACCAGGGACGAUCCAAUACACAGACAAGUUACGAAAGAAGAGAAGCAAGAAUUCACACAAAGCAAUAAUUACUGUUUAGCAGAGAACUUCGACAGCACCGAUGGAUUAAAUCUGGGGAGGCUGCACUUCAGAUCAUUCUUAGUGAGUUUCCUGGUGGAUGCACGUGGCGGUGCAAUGAAAGGAUGCAGACACAGUGGCGUGCGCAUCAUCGUGCCGCCUCGGAGAGCAACGAUGCCGAUUCGCGUGACGUGCCGACUGGUGAAACCUAACAAAGUGACGAAUCCACCCCCAUUGAUGGAGGGGGAGGCUCUCGCUACGCGGAUCAUUGAGAUGGGUCCAGUCGGCGCGACGUUUUUAGGACCCGUGUUAAUCGACAUCCCGCACUUCGCGUCCGUCCGCGGUAAGGAACGGGAAAUCAUUAUCCUGAGAAGUGAGAAUGGGGAAACAUGGAGGGAACACGAUAAUAUCGUAGAUAACGACGAUACUCUUCUCAACACUCCUUACGAUCCUCAGAUGAACGCCACGCACUCGGGCAGAAUUACUCGCAUAAUCACUACGGACUUCCCGCAAUACUUCGCCAUUGUGACGAGGAUCAAGCAGGAGGUUCACGUGAUCGGCGCCGAAGGUGGCAUUUUGAUAUCGAGCGUGGCGAACCAUGUGCAGGCCGUUUUCCCUGCGGGAGCAUUAACAAAGAAGAUCAAAGUCGGAUUACAGGCGCACGUUAUUCCCGCUGAGCUUACGGCCAAAUUACUCGGCAAUUGUGUCGCCGUGUCACCGGUGAUUACUAUCGAACCUAGAAGACGAAAGUUCCACAAACCAAUCACCCUGACGAUUCCCGUGCCACAGGCCGCGAACAAGGGAAUGAUCAAUCAGUACGGCGGGGAGACACCUACGUUACGGCUUUUAUGCAGCAUCGCGGGUGGCACCAACGAGGCGCAAUGGGAAGAUGUCACCGGUUCGACGCCGUUGACCUUCAUGAAUGACAGAGUGUCGUUUACCACUACCGUUUCCGCGAGGUUUUGGCUGAUGGAUUGCAGAAAUAUCGUUGCAGUACCGAAAAUGGCGACAGAGUUGUACGAGGAGUCCCUAUACGUACCGUAUAUAACAAACUUCAUUAUCUACUCAAAGAGGAUGGAUGUGUUGGAAGCCACUCUGCGAAUACUGUGCAUGACCGACGGCAAAGAAGGCAUGCAUACUCUGGAGAGGCAAGAGGAAUUUUUAGAAAUCGUUAAAAGUCGUGAUGUUGAGGCACUCGAUGGAAAGGAUCUUUAUAUCGAAUUUAGUGGCAACUUAGUGCCAGUAACAAAAUCCGGGGUACAGCUGAAAUUCACGUUUAAAGCUUUCCGACAAAAUCGCUUGUCGUUUCAUGUUAAAGUCAAGGAUCCUUUAUUGGAUCCGGUUGCGAGGAUGUUGUUUAUGCGCGAGCCGAAAGUUGCUAAGGGCGAGCCAGCUCAACAGCCUAUUUGUGUAUUGAAUAUUGUGCUACCUGAAAUUAUUACAAAGGAGAAAAUACAAAAGAAAUUGAAAGGUUACAAAGAUUCUAAUAUCAUAAAUCAAAAGCUAGAUUAUUACAAAUCAAAAUACAAAACGGAACAGAUGGAAAAGUCUGACAAGCCUAAAGAGACUUCGCCGGAGAAGAAAUUCAUAACGGACACGUUACAGAAAGAACAAACAGAUGCCGCUACUAUCCACGAAUCCCUUGCACAAAAAGCGGCUUGUCCCCUAGAAUCCGUAGAUGCUAGUUAUCCCAAUAAAGUAGGCGUCGAUCAGGAGCUGGAUCUGUCGCCGGAACUCGAGAAGCAGACCUACUCGGAGAAGCGCAAGUUCUGGGAGGACAUCUCGAGGAAACGCGCGAGCUAUCAACGAUCUGAGUCUGAGGUCUCAAGGGCCUCGCAGCUUACCAUCAAUGAGAGUGACAGCGAGUCCUGCCUGCCAAACGUCGUGUCCGAGGAGGAUGGGACUACCGAGGGCAUCUCGGAUGUCAUAAGGUCGGAGACCAUCGAGGACAUCAACGUACCGGACAUCUCGGAGUGCUCAGUGGCGGAGAAGGCCCAUUACUUCGAAGAGCAGAUACAGAAAGAAAUGGCGAAGGGCACGCCGAGACUGUCUCAGGAGUCCAUCAAGUCCGAGAAAGAUCGGCUGUUCAGGGGUAAGUCGAUCGAAGAUCAAAAAACCCGCCCAGAAAAGAGUACGCUAGAGAUGACGAAGGAGAAGAUGGAGAUCGAGGAGAAGCAUGUGGCGGAAGCAAGGGAAAUAGAAAAGAUCCUGAAGACUACGGAAGACAUCAAAUGGACAAAAGAGGCGCGAAGAGAGUCGAAAGACAUUGAUAAGAAGGAGAAGGAUAUGGAUGAAGGCAAGGAGUUGCGCGAAGAAGUUCAGAAAAUAAUAGCUCAGCCGGUGAUGGAGAUUUGCAAGGAGCUAUUGAAUAAAGAGAGACAGCUUACCGAGGAAGCAGAGAUGAGACGCAUUAAGACAAGAGAGGUAGAAAAAGAAGCAACAGAUGAGGAGCCGAAAAAGAUGACAGAGAUGUUCGCGAAAGUGGAAGAACGCGUGAAACCGGAACGUAUGAAGGAGAAAGUAUUGUUAAGAGCUGAAAAGUCGCAAGAGGAGACAGAUGUGAUAAGAAGGGAAGCCGUAAGGGAUAUAGAAGAAACGGAGAAAGUGGAGCAAAUAAUGGAAGUUAAGACAAUAUCGGACGAGACAAAAGCGAGAGAAGUUAAAAGAGAAGUUAAGGAGGAGUUUUCGAGACCGAUGAAGACGCUCGAGGGAACGACAAUGACUACAACGAUAAAAGAGGAACUCACGAAGAGGAUACCGGAGAAGCUGGAACUUGCUGAAGACGUUACUAAACUGAAAAGGUACACGGAAGAAACUCAUAUUUUGAGCACAGCACCGGAAAUAUCUAAACUUGCGGAAGCCACAACCGUCAUUACGGAAGAAUUCGCAAUGCAAAGGAAACCCGACGUGUCAACAGAUGUCGUGCAGGAAACUAAGGAGGAGCAGAGGCCUGAGACGCCGACAAGCAAGGAGGUCAUUAAAGAAAAGUCAUCAGGGAGACGAAUAAUCACGGAAGAGACAACGAUUAUUUACAAGGUGCAGAAGGACGGAACUUUGGUGCAGGAACAGAUCAUGAAAUCAGUACAAAUCGAGGGCGCGGAUGGUCAGCCGGUCACACAAGUUCCCGAAGUGAGCAUGGAAAUGAAAGUACUCGACAAAGAUAUAACGGACACUGCAUAUGAGGUACAAAUGACAGGCAAUGUGGAGAGAUUGCGAACGGAAAUUAAAACCGAAACGGUUCCUUUGGACGUGAAAAAAGAGAUCGAACAAUUUCUCGAGGGAGAAAAACGGAUGGUUGAAGAGGAAGCGGAAAUGACUGAAGAAAGGAAACCCGUAAAAGAGGAAAUCAAAAUUAAAGAAGUUUCUGAAUCGCAGCAAAAGGUAGAAGAAAUAGUCAUCAAACAAGCUGACGACACUACCUUCGAAAGGAAACCUGUCGUCGAGGCGGAGAUCAAACAACUGAAGAAAGAGUCUCGCAUUCCAAUUUCCGCGGCGAUGGCUGAGAAAGAUAAGAGUCAGAAAGAAGGAAAAACCAAAACUUCGCCGGAAAAGCCCGAAGAAAAGCCGACAAAGAGUCCGGUCACAGAGAGAGAGAAGGAUAUUGCUUCGCCUCUCGGCAAGAAAAAAGAAUUCGAAUCUCGCAUACCAAAACGUAUCAUGGAAAGUACAACGAUGAAGGAGAAAGACGCGAAGAAGGAUUUGCCAGGACGGAAGGACAGCGAGACGAUCACGAUCACCGAGAAAAAGUCCAGCGAAGAGGUAACGUCACGGCACGAGGAACGCUUAACCACGAAGAGCAAAAUGCAGACGUUCUCUAAGACCUUCACCGACACGCAAGACGCGUUCAAGAUGUUCGAAGAUAUGAGCGCGAUGAAGGAUAAGGAUUUUGCGACUGUUACUUCAAAAAUCGACACAAAGGCAACCAGCAAAGUAGAGAAGAAAGAGGUGGUUUCGUCAGAAAUAUCCAGUGGCGCGGAUAAGUUCAUCACUCAUGAAGAAAAAGAGAGGGUGGAGCGGAAAAAAUCCUCAGAAUCUAAAGUGACUAAGGAGUCGCCGGCUGAGACGAUAGAAGAGAAGAAGAGCAAGAGUGAGGAAGUAGACAAGACGACUGUGCAGAAAAUGUUGAUGAAUGUGACGGAAGGCAAGGAAGUGAUAGACGCAAGUGCUUCUGAGUCUAAAGUAGAAAGCAAGAAAGAAGGACUGUUCAAAUCACUAGAGGACAAGGAAGGUAUAGCGAUGCAGGAAUCUGGAACUACUAGAGUCAGAGAAAGUGACGUCGACGUGGCGAUCAGGAUUAAGAGGGAUGACACGAAGAAGGUGGAGGACACAAAAGAGUCGCCUAAGGCAGCCGCUGAAGAAAUAGAUUUGGGGAAGAUCGAGAUGCUCGCGCAGGGACAAUCUUAUAAAGAGAGCUCGGAAAGUUUCAAGGUCGAACAGUUUAUUCCUAGCCAAAAGACGCAGGACGAGGCAAGAAAAGACGAGGUAUUCGCGAGUAAGAAAGAUCCGGAAUCUUUAGAGAAGAAACAACAAAUAGUUGCCAAGAAGAUGGAAGCGCGGAACAUAGCGGAAGAUCUAAUACAGUCGAUUGAGAGCGAAAUCGAAAAGAGGUCUUCGAUGUCAGGGUUGAAAGCUCAGAUGUUGAGCAGAGAGUAUAUAGAUCAACUAGUAUCUGAGAGCAGCGAUACCGACCAUGAGAAACUAGCGGAUGAUUUGACGAAGAAGUUCGAGAGUAUAUUGAAGAAGUCCUUGGAUGAGCAAACAGUGGAGGGCAAAGUGGGUCAUCCGAUAUUGUCGAAGACGUCCGUGCAUGAAGAAACGUUUGAGAAAGGCUCUACCAGAGAUAGUAUAAGCGAAGACUUAACGAAAGAUGAAGAGUCGUCGCCGCACGACAGAGAGGAAAGCCUGCAGUCAUCUUCACAAGCCCGGCUUCAGGACAGAGAUAUCACGAUGAGUCCCAGCAGCAUAUCCGAACAGAUCGAUCUCGAAGGAACGAUCGACGUUGACACCAACGAACUGGAGGACAUAUCCAAGCCUAUAUCUAGUUUACAAUCCGAGAAACUUCGAUCGGAUAGAUCCAGCGGCCACAUCGAUCCACUACAGAGAGAUUUGUACAGUGAUACCAGUUUAUCCAAGGAUAAAAUUGUAUCGGAGCUCUCAGGUGCCAGAGUGUUGGAGAUUCUAGAACCAGGGGGAGACAGUCGGCAAGAUUCGGUCGAUGUGCCGUCCUUGGAACUAGACGAACACAAGUUCUCCGAGCAGACCAGCAGAGACGUGGCUUCUCUGCACGAAAGUGCGGCAAUGGAUUCUUUGGACAAGAUUGUCCAAGAGAGAGACAUGACCGUGAGUCCUAGUACAGUAUCCGAAGAUGUCAAUGUGGAUUAUCCUUUGGUUCACGAGCAAGCAAUAGCUCCAUUGAGGGAGUACGACGCAGGAGCGCGAAGAGCAGAUAGUUUUGAAAUCGAGAGUCCGCCAUUGGUUUCGCCGCGGACAAAAUUAGUACACGAUCUGGACAUCAAACAAGUCAACUGGAUGAUCGGCGACGAGAAAAUCGUGAUAACGGAGACUCUACAGCCAUCGGAAGCGUUCAAUCAGGAAUUGGAGGAGUAUGAGCGGCGUGCUCGCACUUCUUCCCAGGACGAAUCCGUGGAUUUGGAACAGGAAUCCGUAACUAAAUCUUCGGAGGAUAUCAGCGUAAUAGAGUCAGUUAAGGAGUCCAUUGCAGGCGGUGACGCCGCCAGCGCGAUCAUCAUGACAACUACCACGAAAACCAGCAAGUUCACGGUGAUACCGGUAACCGAACCUGAUUUGGACAGCGAACUGAUAGAGGAUAAGUUGGACGUCACGUGUCAAGAGCUAGUCGACACACUGCAACGGGAAUACGACGCCAAAACACCGACGGAUGAGUACACGGCUGGUGUGCGACAAGCGAUACCUCGAGAGGAUUUCGACCUAGAAGCGAGUAUCACCGAAGCUGUGACAGAAGUAGUGCCUGUGAAAGAAGAGGAAGUGAAAGAUUUGAUCACGGAACCUGUGGCUGCGGAGAUUAUGACUUCCGAGAAACAGGAUGUUUCUAUGACACGAAUAGAAACUGUCGAGCCAACUGACGUCAGUAAGGUUACUGUGACGAAAGCAGAAGAAGAAUCCGCGCGACGCAUACCUGAAGAAACGCAGAAGCAGCCAAAGGUGGAUGAGUCGGAUGAGACAGGAAAACAGAAAGAAGUCACGCGAGAAGAAGCAAAAGAAGCCGUUGAAGCUCAGAAAGACACCACGAAGGAGGAAUCGGACUUAUCAAAGAGUGCAAAGGUCGAUGACGUAUUGAAAGAGUGGACGGAGAGCUACCGGCCGAAAAUGAGAAGCGAGGAAUAUAAACGACACAUGGAGAAGAGCAGCGAGAAGCACGACAGACCGGGCAAGUCGACGACUGCGCCUACUGAUACUUGUGCCUUCAAAAUAAAGAAAGAUGAUCUGCAGAGCGUCGAUUUGAGCGCACGAUACGCGAUCACGGUGUUGGAUCAAGUAGUGAAAAAGGAGAUCGCCGAGGUGAAGGAGUCCUUAGAGGCGGCCAAGCAGGAUCUCAUAGAGGAACUGAGUGAAAACAGCGAGACCAUGAUACAAAUUAAAGAUUCACCUUCGGAGUUUCAGUUCAAGCUCCAGCCAGAAUCCAUCCCGAACGACUUGCCAUUUUUGUACAGACCACCGUCCAUCGAACACGUUCCCGCGGAGCCCGAACCGGUAACCGAGGUUGCAGCUACACGGAGCGAAUCGUCAGUUGCGAAGUCUCCAGAAGUCGACGAAUCAACAGUAGAGCAAGUGAAAGAGACUGUCGUUGAAGACGAGCUGAUUGCCCAAGCAGCUGCUACUGACGAGGAUAAAUCAGCUGCUAUUGCUCAAGCGCCUGAAAUCGAUAUUGAGAAACACGAAAUUGAGACCGUAAUAGCCGUCCAAGAUGAAUCGAAGGAAGACGAAGAAGAUGAUCAUCCCAGUCCACUUCCCGCGAGUAUAUCAGGCUCGGACGUAGACAACAGAGACGAUAGUUACUCUUUAGCACCACCCUAUCCGGCUCCUAGAAGGCGUCAAAAGCCAGCAAGGAUAUCUAAAAGAGUAAAGACUUCGGAGAGCGAGGCUGGCUCGAGCUCUGGCGAGAGCAGCAACUAUCAAUCUUGCGAUUACGAAAGCGGAAGUAGACCUAGCUCCUCAGAUAUUGAGGCGUUGCAAUCCGCAGGCGUGCAAUCGGGAACUGCUUCGGAAUAUGAAACAGCGAUGAUGUCGAUUGAACAGUCAGCAUCGAGGCCGACGUCUCAAGAAUACCAAACUGCAGCAAGUACGCUUAGUUCACGCGAGUCCAUGAAGUCAUUGAAUUCCUUAAGCUCAGGUCAUCUCGGCAGCAUCGACAGCACCAGCGAGCUGUCGGAGACGUUGGUGCCGUCAGACGUGGACGCGGAUAAAGACGAGAUCGAUGAGAACCUGGAGAGCGCGUUGGACGCGGAGCAGGAAGCUGAGGCGUCGGAUUCCUCUGGUAGUGACAUACCAAUGGAUGAGGCAAUGGACAAAAUCGACAGUCAUAUACCGUGUCGCAUGAAGCGCUCAUCCGAGAUGAUCUUCCAGCAGAUCAUGGACGACAGCAUGAGCAUGGAAACAGAAUCCAUGGAAGAGGCGUUAGAGGAAGAUGCCAGAGUCAUGGACUCCGCCACUUCCGCCUUCAUGGAUGCGCCUGGAGCUCUUCAGUCGGUGGAUAUCAUGACGUCACGGGUCACCGAGGAUGGGGUUCAAAGCGUGUGUACGCAAGUAAUCUCGACACGAGUUACGAGACCAAGCGACAGUGAAGAUCUCGAGGAAGAGCCGGAAAGAACGGAGAAAAGCGCAGAGAGAGACGUAGAGACGACGGACGCGGAAACGGCGGAAAACCUGGAACAAAAAUCGGGUGAUGAGGUUGGCGAGGACGGUAUCGAACCAGUGGCGCAGACAUCCGUUCACUCGAUGCUGCAGCAGGCCAGUAUGUCCUUGUCGUCGGCGUCGGGCAUGUCCUUCGACACAGUUAUAGAGAAGGACAAGUCCGAACGCCACUCUCAUUCUCCCGACAGCGACUCAUUCGAGCUCGUGGACAAGCCCGACAUCAUCGACGACUUCGUAGUGAUCGAAGAGGUCGGACGGGAGGCGGAGGAGUUCGACUCCGAGGGCAAGAGCAUCCGCAUCAGCUCGAUACCUCAGGUAACCAACAAGAACUACGACCGCGACCUGGAGAACCUAAUCGCGGAAAAUAAAGAGGACACGCAGGUGUCGACCAGCCAAGCAUCCAAGAACAACGAACUGUUUGACUUCGAGUCCGAAGAAAGUCCGCCACAGGCAUCCAACGACGAGCAAUACUCGCAGUCUUACUCCGACGAAGAGCAAUACGAAGGUAAGAAAUGGAUAGAAAUGCAGUUCCACUCGGACGCGCGAGUCUACGACAUCGAAUAUGAUCGCGGGCCGUUAGAGGACAUCAAGGAGGAGGAAGUCACGGACUUCGAGGCCGGUAGUAGUAGAUUUGGCAGCCUCGGCAGCCACAAGGAGUCGAUAGGUAGCGUGGGUAGUAUGCGCGGUAGUUUCGGCAGUACACCGGAAUACGACGUUCUCGCCGGUAAAAAGUACUUCAGCAAACCCACGGACGACACCGUGUCGCUCACCUCCUUGCAGGAGUUCGAGCACUUGGAAAGCACCGUUGCGGCCGAGAAUUCGCGGCGGCUGCAGUGCGGCUCGCAAGACUCCAUCAACAACGGCAGUCUUCCGAGGAGAUAUAUGACCGGGCGCUCGGGCCACGGUGACGACGUCUCGUUGUCCUCAUUGAAGGACUUUGAGGGUCUGGAACGAGCCUGCAGGGAAGCGCAUCUCAUCGAACUGCGUGCUCGCGAAGAGGAGGAUUUGCUGGAGCACGAGAGCCCGGAAAACAAGUACAAGAUGGAGAACCUGCCGCGCUCGCGGACGGAAACCAGCGCAGCAGGUUCGUUCAACCCCAGCACUUCAGGCUCGGACGACUACGAAAAAAGGAUAAAGGAAAUCGACGAGAUCAUACGAAUCGCACAGUCCAACGUGGAGAGGCUCGAUCGACAGGAUGACACUACGGAGGACAUUUCGCAGAUCGAGAUCACCGAUACCGAACGAGUCGUCGCGCAACCGACCUCACAGACCCUACCGGAAGAAAUGGAACCUGAAGUGGAGGAACGAGAGGAAGAGGAACAAGCUCGAGCGCAGAAGGAGAGCAACGUUAUGGAGACCAGCACAGAUUCCUUGGAACUGGAGGAUAACGCGGAGAAGAAAUAUCACCCGCUCUGCCGCAGCUCCGACUCUCUGGAGAUGAAGACUACCUUAGACUUCCCGUCUCUGAGCUCAGACUCGCUCAACAACGUGAGGGAUACGAGAGAGACGCCACUUGACGCGGCCAGUGGCAAUCAAUUCGGUGGUAACGGCCGACGUAUCUCGUCGGAUUCUCUUGACAUGCCUUUGCUGGAGCAACAGGAUGUCGGAGCGUCCGGGAGAAGAAGCAGCGACAGCGACGGCCGUCACGCAGAUGAUGUGCCGGUCGACAGUUCCGCGGAACGAACACCUUCAACGGAGACUCACGCGAGAAACGGCAAGACGAAAACGUCACCAAGUAGCGGUACAUAGAACAAUUUUCGUAGAUAGCGGACCAUCGAGAACUUGCCACGACUUCAAAAAUAUAUUACCGAAUAACUCAAGAGGCUUUACAUGUAAAACACGAUAUUAAAAAAAUAAUGUACUAAAGAACUUGUGCAUUGUGGAUAUAUAAGAUACUAUUAUAUUCGUCUUUGUUUUACGCGAUGUCUUCUGAAAGCAUUUACAUUGACGCUUAAGUAAGAUAUAGUUACGAACUUCAAAAUAUAAUAUUGUUUUGUUUUUCAAGUCGAGGAGACGGAGGGGAGGAACGCUUGCUUGUUUAUCACUAUUGGAUUUUUGGACAGACGCGACUCGCGACGAUUUUCUUGGCUGUAUUCGUUCGACUGGAACGCGAAGCGAUUUUGCUUAAGGCUAAUAUUAUAUGCAUCGUACGACAAAUAUUGUCGGACGUAUCGAUUAGCUGAUAGAUAUAAUUCUCCUAAGGUCCCUCACUUUUUCUCCUGGUAUCCCAAAAUUUCUCUAUCUGACAGCCAAUUAGAACGUCCGACAAGUUUUGUCGCACGACACGUGUAAUAUUAGCACAACUGUUUUGGGAGUCUUUACAUACGAACGUUACGUUGCGUUUUUUGAGCGUAUAUAUAUAUAUUAUAUAUAUAUACAUAUAUUUUAAAAAGUGCUACUUACGUGUUCUACUUGUAUUAUAAUGCGUAUGUCACUUUACUGUACUGUAGCGUGUUUUAUAAGCGUUUUCAUUAUGAGACGGUCUUUGUGGAUGCGCUUUCGUAAAAUUUGAUAAUGUAUUCGACGUACCUCGUGUAUCUCGCGUAAUCAUUUCAGGCGACGUUUAAGGCAGAGAGAAAGAGAGAGAGAGAAAAAGAGAUCAGAAAAAAAUACAAUAAUACUACUUUAUAGUGCAUGUUCACGCGAAGGAACGAAUACAUAAUAUUUAAACAGAUAAAAAUUUUAUAUGCAAAUAUAAUAUUUAGGACAUUACGGAUGGCGAGGAAGUGUAAUACAUUUACGUUGAAAACGGAUUCGACGAUUGUUUAACAAUUACAUCUGUUUUUUUCCCUCUUCUUUUACCGAGUACGACGUUACUAAUUACGUUUACACGUGCACUGUAUAUUAUUACAAGUUAACAAUGUCAUUUGAGAAGUUCGUUUCCUUAAUGAUGAAAAUAUACAUCUGUGCAUUAUCUCUCGA